ACUACAACACUCCACAACCACUGGACUAAAGUGGCCUGUUUGAAUUUGACUGGUCAUUUGGUGGACAGUUGUGUAGGAGUGGACGCGACUGGUGGACAUUGUUUAUGGUGACAGAUGGUAGGAUGUCUUUGAAAAUGGAUAUAACUUUAGGCAACAGGUAUUUGGCCUUAUGACCAAGAACUUACGCCUUAAAUAAGGACAUCUGUAGUUACUGAAGACAAAGGAGUUAGGACACAAAACUGACCAAUCUGUGUAAGAGACAUUACAUCCCACCUUUGAUACAGAGGAUAUCACUGGAUUUCUAGGCAAUAAGGUCAUUGCACUGUGACUGAACAUUGAAAGAGCAUUUUUUAUCAGCUUGGAAAUAAUUUACCAUUACAUCUGUACCCAGUAUGAUGUGGGAUAUUUAACAGUACCUCAGUGUUUGAAAGCAGGUAUCGCAGUAACUGUAUCACUGUUGUAGUACUGAAUGAGGUGUCAGCGUAGAGCGCAGCUUCACUGGUAAGCUACAGGUAUUGUUCCCUCCUUUUGAGUGUUCACUUGACAAGAAUAACACCUGCAGAACGAGUUAAGCUACAACCACACACCUGUCCAGUUGGGCGAGCAGGGAAGGGGGCAGUGUGUCAGAAGUCGUAGGCAGAUAGCAGUGCAGGAGGAGGUUCCAAGGACCAGUUUUCCAUUUCUGUCAAUACAGGUAUGCGUGCUGGCAUGACUGGAAUACUCAUCUCCCUGUGAGAGGGUGAAUUAAUACCGUAUGCGGAAGGAGUGGACUCUUUAGCUGAACUGUGACGGCCGUGUUGACACUUGCAUGUUGACUGUUUGACACUGUUUUGACACUGCUGUGACAUUAAGAUUGACAAGGGGGAAUACUUCAAAGGUGAUUGAACCUCAUUUUAGCACAGGGAGCUGUAUAGUGAUAUAAUAUUGCAGGCUUUUUGUAUGCAUAUAUUAUAGAUCAUUUAUAAGGCAGUGUCGCACCGUUUUGAUACUGUAUUGAUUCAUUGGGACCGUUCACUUCAAACCCCGAGGUGAUUGACUGAAAAGGCAGCUCUACAAGAAAAACUUGCAUAAAUUCUUGGAUGCAUCAGGAAUUGAUACCUCAUUUCCAAUUUUAUUAUCUAAGAAGAUAAACAGGAAUUCAGGAAAGAAGCUUAAUAGAGUACAAGACUGAGAAUUGGAACCAUAACACUAGAGAACCUCAUCGAGGCUGUAUGAUACUUUCUCUGCCAGUCAUAAUUGGGGAUCUGCCUGCUUACCUUCAGUGCUGGGUUGUUUUGAAAGAUCUGCCAGUGAAGAGAUGUAGCAAGGCUGACAUGUAUUUAUGUUGAGGAGAUAAAUCUUUACCUUAAUUGGAGGUGGUUUCCCUAAAAAAUAAGCUACUGGUUUUUAUGUGAAAUUAAGAACAGGAAAGUUCACUACUGUGUUGGGGAAAAAAAGGAAGAGGGAAAAGCCUAGUUUUUGCUAGACUUUUAUAAUCAUCAGUUGAAAUUCAUUUGGCCAAGAGUUGUUACCUAUAGCAUACCAGUAAAGAAACUGGAAAAAAAAUUAUUGAGAGGAUUACGAAGAUCCUGGAAUAUUUGUCUGAGUGAUAAUAAAAAGGGCAACCCUCGAAGUGCCUUCCCAUUGACUUCACUAUAGCAUGCCAGGUGAGAGUUUGCAACGGCCUAUUGCCUGCUGACAUUAACACCAGUGGGAGAAAGAGAGGUGAAAUAGCUCUGUAGAAUUUGGCUGGGAUAGUAACAUGUCUAGGUCGGGGUCAGAGAAAUCUCGGGGUUAUAACACCCCUGCUGUGAUGCGAGACAGUUUUAAAAGGACGCAGUACAUGACAGAGGAGCAGCUGUGGGCGGAAUACGGCCAGCCCGAGGAAAUGGUCCGUUCGCCAGUCCUGAAUCAUAGUCCAGAAAUCUCAGUUAAUAAAUUCUUGUUUCCAAGCACACAGGCCACACGGGCUGCUACACCUGAUGGAACUAAACAGCGGGCCAGUUAUCGAAAGAGGAACGAUUCUGCAGGGUUGUGGAAGGACCAUAUAGCUCAGGGACAUCAUCGUGAAAACAGCCGUGAAAAUUCUGCUUUGAGUCCAGUGGCUGCUGGGGCACACUUGCAGUAUUCCCAUCCUACUGCUGCCCAGCUAGGAGACAGAGUACGGCAGGACUCCUACAGAGACCAGGACCAAUAUACCUCAGCUGAUAGCGGAGUCUACAGCUACGUUUCUUCAUCUAGUCAUACUAACGACCUUCAUCACAAGCUACCUUCCCCAGCUGCUUACUCUAAAAAGAACAUUAAUUCGUCAGAUAUGGCAGACAGUGGUAGUAAUCCACGAUCACCACUUUCUCCUGGGUCACACCAAACAUUGCGGCGAUGUGCUGGUUCACCAUUUUUAUCUGACUCUCCGACGAGUUUUGAGGAAUAUGUUCAAGACAGGCAUAAUCCAUAUCUUGACUUUAUACAGGAAGAUGUGGAGGAGAAAGUUGAGGACACAGCGUUUAGAGCUCGUAGUAAUAUUGGAGUGUACUGCACGAUGCAGCGGAGGCGAAGGCCACAGAAACCUCGAACAAGGACAUAUUCAGACAGGGCAGAGAACGAUGGGCACAAAGGGCGAGAAUCGCCAUCCGCUGGUGCCUCACAGAGAUUGCAGAAUUUCAGCAGGGAAGAGGUAGAACAGCGUCAGGAGAAGAGCCUCCCAUCUCCGAGUGAAAGAGCCCUGUAUUCUACCCUCCCACUUCGAAGCAAGGGCCAUCACAUUCCACAGCCGUCAAAGCAGUCCUCAGGGGCCAGCCGAGGGGACGAGCCAGACUAUGCCAAGCCUCUGUUCAAGGCACCGCUGGCAGCAGCUCCAGGUCCAGGUCCCAAGAGGGUCAGCAGUGCCCCUGCCGCGGGGAGAAGAUCAGUGGGAUCUGCAAGACCACCCACAGGGAGCGGAGCUGUCAAAGUGUCCCGCAGAUCUUCCACAUCAGGGUCCACAGGCAGCAGUGCAGGAGCAGUGGAUGAGGAGCUUUUUACUAGGUCCUUUGAGGAAGGGCUGCCAAAAGUUCAGCUGUUUUCUGCCCGAGACUUAAACGACAUCAUCAUGAGGAUCAAAGAGAGGCUGUCAGACGGUAAUCUGGACUGGGAAAAGAGAGUUCAUGCUCUGAAGGAGUUGCGUGCAUGUAUUGUGGCAGGAGCAGUGGAUUAUGAUGACUUCUUCAUGCUGCUCAGACAGAUGGAGCCUUGUUUUAUAGUCACAGUCAAGGAUCUGAGGUCACAAGUUGUCAGAGAAGGAUGCAUUGAUAUUAGUUUCCUUGCCCAGACGUUGUGUAAUAAGUUUGACCACUUUGCGGAGUCUCUGCUACCCAGCCUCAUCAACCUCAUCCCCAACAGUGUGAAGAUCAUGGCCACCUCUGGCAUCACUGCCAUCAAAUUCAUCAUUCAGUAUACUCAUGCCAACCGACUCAUCCCUAUCAUCACUGCCAACAUGACAUCUAAGUCCAGCACCAUUAGGAGGUAUUGUUGUGAAUUCCUGGAACAAAUGCUACGAACCUGGCCAACACACACAUUAGAAAAACACAUUGCAAUAUUACAAGACGCCAUCAAGAGAGGGAUAGGGGAUGCCGAUGCUGAUGCUAGGGUCUAUUCUAGAAAGGCAUUUUGGGGCUUUUCGGACCACUUCAGUGAACAGGCCAAUGCCCUGUUGAACACUCUAGACCCCAGUAAACAGAAAUUGCUGCAAGGUGAACUAAGCAACUCUUCCAGCAGUAAUUCUCUGAACAGUGGUGGAGUCAGCAAGGUCGGGAGGCCCAGAACAACAGAUGGUAGUUAUUACAGCUCAGGUUGUCAGACUUUACCGUUACCAAAGCGUAAAGCUAGGUCGCGGUCUCCGAGUGCCGGGAGGUACGGGACAGUGGGGCGCUCGCCAAGUGCGGGACGCACCCCUGGUGCCGUUGGUGGUGCCAAACGAUCAGUCACUCCGAGCGUCACAAGUCCACGCAGUGACACAACAGAUGGCACCCUGGGUGCAGAUAGCGGUGGAGGGAUAGUGCGCUCCAGUAGCGCAGUUGACCUUGCUGGCAGCUCGGGAAAACCCCGCAGCUCUAUCGCCAGACUGACUACUACCAGUAACCCUAGCUCACUGCAUGUACGAAAACGUCCGCUGAAGCAGGUGAAGUCUGCCGAUUACUCCAAUAGUUCUGACAGCCGCUCUCCGGGCAGGCAGCGAGACAUAGCUAAGUCAUGCCAUAAUCUCACCAUUCUGCCGACUAUUGUCGUCACAGCACCCAGCAGCCGUUCCGGUUCCCCGUCAUCCCGCCUCAGUUAUCUCACUCACAUCCCAUCCAGAGUGGACAGUAAUGCGUCCGGGGGCACCAGUAAGCCACGCCGCUCUGGAAUCCCCCGCAGUCAGGGCGCCAGCAGGGAGGCCAGCCCAUCUAGAAUCUCAUAUGGUCGUGACAGGAGGUUAAGUGGCAGUAGACAUGCCCCUCAGCGGGUCCCCACCAAGCAAGCCAUGGGACAACACGUCUCAGGGCAGGACAUUGAACAGGCACUCGAGGAAGCUCUUCUCAAGGGCAACGCUCUGCGAAAGAGAUACGACCUCUACGACUCUGAUGAUGCUGGAAGUGAGACCUCUAGUGUGUGUUCAGAAAGGUCGUACGGAUCUUCGUACGGAAGGACGUCAGAGGAUAUCCAAGAAAUCCUGACUGGUCUCACCAGUGGUUCCUGGGCAGAGAGAAAAGAGGCAUUGCUCCAUUUACAGAAUUUACUGCAAGGGAUGAGAAUGCUAAAUCGAGUAGAGUUAAAGAAAAUGACAGACAUAUUUUCCAGAAUGUUCCAUGAUCCUCAUGGAAAAGUAUUUAGCUUGUUUCUUGAAGUCUUAGCUGAAUUUGUGCACGUACAUAAAGACAUGCUGCACGACUGGCUCUUUGUUCUCAUCACACGACUUCUACAAAAGCUGGGUGCAGACAUGCUUGGAUCUGUGUACACCAAGGUGCAGCGCGCAUUAGACGCCGUAAGGGACAAUUUCCGUUAUGACCAGCAGUUUAAUAUAAUAACAAAAUUUAUCAUAGAUCAGACACAGACACCCAACCUGAAGCUGAAGGUGAAGACGGGUCUUCUGCAGUACCUGCAGGGGCUGGUGUUGUUGAUGGAUCCUGCAGAUUUCACCAGCACCAGUGACACCAGGCUGGCGGUGUCCAGGAUCAUUACCUGGACCACGGAACCAAAGAGUGCUGAAGUCAGGAAGGCAGCACAGUCAGUCCUCAUUGCGCUGUUUAGUCUGAAUACGCCAGAGUUCUCAUCUAUGCUCUCAGUAUUACCCAAAACAUUCCAGGAUGGUGCCACAAAGAUCCUUCACAACCACCUUAGGAGUGCCAACUCCGAGACAGAAGUCCUGUCCCCAAGAAAUGUUGCCAGUCCGCCUGCCAGGUCGUCACCAAAGUAUAAAACUUCUCCCAGAACUACAUACGAAGGAGAAACAGAAAACAUGAACCCUGAAGAUAUUUAUAACUCAAUAAGAAAGACUUCUGCUGACAUUCAGAACUUAAGUUAUAAUAGCAAAUUAGACCACCAUCCAUACGAUGACUUUCAUAAAGCACGUGAUAGCACGUCGCAGGAUAGUGGUAUUCAGAGUUCGUUGCCUGACGUGCGAGGGGAGAGUCCAGAAGCCAAUAAAGGGAAAACACAUUAUGACCCUGCUAUAUAUAAAGAGGAGAAUCAGACUCCUAAUCGCUAUGACCGUGCAGCAUUAGAGGAAGCCGUGUUUGAUGUUGAAAAUGAAUUAUUACAUGAAGGUUUCAGUGAAGUUCACCUCGCUACGUUGUUACAAAGCCUCAAUAUCCCUGCCUCUGGCAGGCUGCACAAAUUGCCUACUGAACAGAACGAUGCCAUUACAGAGAUAUUAACAGAAUUAUCCAACCACAAUAAAAGACAAGAAGAAAGGAAAAGUGCCAUGUGGAACCUCCUGAAGAUGACCAGGGAAGGAACUGUCGGGAUUUGGGAGGAACAUUUUAAGACCAUUCUUCUUCUUUUACUAGAAACACUGGGAGAUUCUGAUUUUCACAUCAGAGCAAUGGCGGUGCGGGUACUGAGAGAGAUCGUACGUAACCAGCCACACAGAUUCAAGGAGUAUACUGAACUCACCAUUCUGAAGAUAUUAGAUGCUCAUAAAGACCCAGAACGUGAGGUUGUGAGGGCAGCAGAGGAAUGUGCAAUGACGUUAGCCAAAUCCAUACCUACAGAGCAGAGCUUGCGGGUCUUGAUGCCCAUAGUACAGACCUCUGAGUACCCCGUUAACUUAGCUGCCAUUAAAAUGGAAACAAAGGUAAUAGAACAACUGAGCAAGGCGGAGAUGAUGCCUCUGGUGGCAGAUGUGGCAACAGGUCUGCUGAAGGGUUACGACAACGUGGAGAGUAGUGUGCGUAAGGCUAGCGUCUUCUGUCUGGUGGCUGUCUACAUGAGCAUAGGAGAAGAACUGAGGCCUUACCUCACCGAGUUAAAUGGUAGCAAGAUGAAGCUGCUGAACCUCUACAUAAAACGAGCUCAGUCACAGAAAGAAAAUGGAGGCUCACCGUUAAAAGUUGCGUCUCCUAGCUCUGCAGAAGCUGCGUCUGACUGAACCGUCACCAUGUCUGGUGUAAGGAAGUUCAGGGAGAGGCUUGCAUGACCAUUUUAAGUUCAGAUUAUCCUGAAGAGCAAAUUCUGAAGAAAAGAGGUCUCUGCUGCCAUAUCCUCAAAAUAUAUCUGUAUUGUGGAAAUCUGUGUGUAAUAAAUAAGCUGUUUGACACAGCUGUGUGGAUUUCAUAGCCCUAAAUCAAAGUUAUACAUAUCUGAUUACAACAAAGGGUCUGGGGAAAAAUUCAUACUAUUGGUUUUCACAAUACUAUUUGAAUAUUAAGUUGACGUGGGUAAUGAACAUUGAAAGAGAGCACCAGAAAUUUGCAAGACCCACAAGUUGAAAAUUUAUACUGGAAUUGAUUAAGUGAAAGAUACUUAAGUUGCUUAUGAAGUGGAAAUUACAUAGCAACUACAUUAGAGUGAAACUGUGUAAAGCGCUACUGAACAAGUCUUUUAACAUAACAGUAAUUUGGGUGUCAGGUUUAUCAAAGCUUUUUGACACAAAGAAUUAAUUAUGUUCAAUGCUGCGGCCAUUUUAAGUAUAAAGACAUUGUCACUUAAAAUUGCAUUUUUCUUAGAAGGAGAUACAGGUUUGAUGAAGUUACUGGAAGUGCAUGCGCAUGUCUUACACUAUUUACAGUAAUUACAUUAAUAUUGUCACUAAAUGUACGUGUUAUUACAAAUGUAGUCGUAAUAACAAAAUGGUUAAAUAUGUUAACUGUUGUAUUACUGGACACUAACCAGUCAUAUUUUAAAACCUGACAAUUAAACGACAUGAUAACUAUUGUAAUUCAGUGUAACUAAUAUAUAAUGCCUGCUAAUAUAGUGUAUCCGUUAUGUAAAAGGGAUAAAUGAAGAUAAGUUUUUUUACAUGUCGAAACAUCAUUAUUUUGCAGGUAACUCUGGUUUUAUUUGAAGGAUAUUUUGUUUAAAAAACAAGAUAUACGUAUGAGAAACUUGCCUGUGAACUCUUAGGUGGAGAAUAAGUUAUGUAUUUUAUAUUAUUUGAUGCACAGGUCGUAAUUCUGUUUAACUAGUCAACGUCAGUGGCUUCCGUCACACCUCACGUCACGUGUUGGUCACGUGCACCCCAGGGAGCUCGGUGUCGCCACUGUCGCAAUAUAAAUCGUGAACUGGUUGCUCAUGCUUUGAGAACUAGGAAUUCGAAUGUUUAUUUAUAUUGUAUAUAUAUUUGUGCAUAACAAUUUGUCAAAAUGUAUUAUAAUGUAGUGUUCUCAGUGAAUCUUUAGACUGAAGGAGAGACGGAAUUAUUGUCCUCUGCACGUUUAGUUUAAGUCGAUCGCGGUCAGAUCCCCAUACAGGAGUGGCAAGAAGUGUAUGAUGUUAGGUGUGAUUAUAAUUUACAUCGAUGUUUAUUUAACGCUCAGCUGUCAUUUGUUGUUGACCAAGACUAAAUAUUGAGAGAUAAACGAAAGAAAAAAAAAGAAAUGCCAUAUUUGGAAAAACAAGGUUGCAUUUAUCUACCAGGACUUAUUUUACCAAUUGUUCUUUGAAUGUGGUUUUUAAAGUGAUUCUGAAAAGACUUGGUUUCAGAAAUUGUACAGAUUAGGAAUUACCGCGUUUUCAAAAUGAUACGGAAGUUGUGCCUUUUAAAAGUCAAACAAAAAGCCUGUUACGUGGGCAUCUUGCUUACUACUAAAGUGGAAGGUAUGAGCCCCUGAUAAUAUCACGAACAAUGCAAGUGUGAGUAUGGCGUUUGUAUGAUAAUUUUAGAAUGUUAACGAAUAGGAAGCGUCGCCAAAAAUUAACUUUCACAAAGAUCGAUAGUGUUUUUUAUGGUCGUUGCUCCAGUGUAAGUGUUUUAUCCAUUAUUGGCCACGCCCUGUACUCGGUAUAGUAUAGGGCAUAUGUGGACGUGUAUGUGCAGAAUAUACCUUGAGAAAUAAAUGCUUCUUUAUGUA